UGGUUUUUUCCGCUCCCAAGCGUAUCUUGCGAUGGAUGUAUGACGCCGAGUUUUUCGGGUGAUCGUUAUAAAUGUUUGCGAUGCUAUGAUUUCGAUUUAUGCGCAAGAUGUUAUGCCGAAGAACGUGAUGAAAAUCAUUCUUCAUCUCAUCCUAUGCAAUGUAUGAUGACUCAAGAAGAUUUUGAAUUAACAUAUGAAGGCGAUUCAUCUCAUUCUUGGGAUAGAUCGCGAGUCGUCGUUUUUACUUGUCCUGUAUGUGGAAUAAACGGUUUGCUUAGAGAAACUCUUGUUAAUCAUAUCAUCGAUGAACAUUCAAAUCAAAGGUCCGGAUCACAUCGGCUGCCUGAAAUGGUUUAUUCAUUUAAUUUUUCUUUAAUUUUAAAUUUUUAA